AUGGCCAUCUUCGUAUUGCUAGCAGAUCUCGUCAGAACUAGUUUGGGUCAAGAAUAUGUCGGCGGCUUCCACAUUGGUUGUUUGAAACGAGCGCUGCGGGCCUGCGGCGGUUGCCGUAGAUAUGUGGCGCCCAUCAUCUGUCUCCGUACUCCGUACUUUCAUAACAGCAUCAUUAUCGAAACUCAGAACGACAAUAACACUAUUUGUUGGAAUGUUUAUGAUUUUAUCAUACUUGGGAGAAACCAGAACUGGGCUUAUCAGCACACGGCCAAACUAUACAACCAAAGCAUUAAGCCAAUGACUUGUCGUGGCUCAAUGGAGAUAGAUCUUGACUGGGCUGCUUACCUGAUGAUCCUGACCUGUCACCGCGUAGACAGACCUCACGAAGACGACGAAAAUCGAGGCAAGGACACUGGUACACGGAAUAGUCCGUUCGUCCGCCGAAAAACGGAGGAAUGGCCCGUUCCCGCGAAAGCGAGCAUUGACAUUGACUACGCUAGAGUCACACAAUGGCACGUCAGCAUUCCCAUCGCCUGCUCUACUCUUAGCUUCUGUAUGAUUCCUGAGAAUGACGAAAUCUUGAUUGGUCUGAUGUACCAGAGCCUGAUUGACAAGCUGGUUAUGCCGUUCGAUUACGGGAAGUGGGGAAAUCAGUAUACAUCUUCGGAGUGUUGCAAGCGGCCGUAG